ACUGAGGAGGACUCUAUUUUGCUUAUUCCUUUAUCUUUCAUCGUUGAUCUUCGGUCGCUUGUCAGACGGUGAAGCCCACCCCCCCAGGUCAUGUUCACACCGAUCCAUACCUCGUUGGGCGCCUUACUCCUCUACCAGGGCUCCUCGGGACUCCUCUUGCACAAUGGCGCGGUCUUUGGGAUCUCGUCCCUGCUGGCGGGCAGUCUGCUGCGUCCCAGCGGCGAGAAUGUGCCGGUCCUCGCCGGCCUGGUGUCCAGUCUGGUGCCCGUGGCGCUCUGCAUGCCAUCAUUGAUCCCUUCGUACCCCCCAGCGCCAAACUCGUGGAUCUCGCUGGCGUCGACGCUGGCGAUGGGAUUUCUGCUGGGUUGGGGGACCAAGAACGGUCGAGGCUGUACCUCCGGCCACAUGCUCUGCGGGAUUUCGCGUCUGUCCCCGCGCUCCAUCAUCGCCACCGCCAUCUUCUUCACGACCGCUGUGCUCACGGCCAACUUCCCUCCCGGCCGUCAAUCUCUGCCGGCGUGUGCGGACGGUCGCCCCUGUUAUCUGCCCGUCUAUCCCACCGCAGCGGAGGGCGGAUUCAUGGUGGCCACGACCCUGCUAGCCUUCGCGACGAAUUGGGUUGCCGUGCCCCGCGUCCUCAAACGAUCCGAGAACUCGCGCGCGGUUUUUGCGUACCUCGCCGGGUUGCAGUUCGGCACGGGGCUGUUGUUCACGGGGAUGGCGGACCCGGAGAAGGUGCUGCGGUUCCUCGUCGGCCUCACGGACCCGGCGCGCUUUGAUCCCUCGUUGGCGCUGGUGAUUGUCUUUGGGAUCGUGCCGUCCAUGGUGACUUAUCUGUCAAGCAGGCCGGGACAAGACACCCAAAAGGGAGGGCCGUCCAAGCCGACGCUGGCGGAGACUUGGAGCUUGCCAACUGCCACUGUGGCGGAUAUCGACUGGCGCUUUGUGGCGGGAGCGGUGGUCUUCGGCGUCGCUUGGGGGUUGCGUGGCGUUUGUCCGGGCCCGGCUAUCCUGCGGUCCGUGGUGCAGCCAACUUGGGGACUGGCGGAGAUGGCGGGCUAUAUGCUCGGAAACUUAUUGUAGAGGGAGGUUUUCGUGGAUAAUAUCAAGCCGUGUGUAUAUAAAUAUAUAUGGAUAUAUCAUCCUAACACCCGCAGGAUUGUUCCCCGCAAUAUAUGCUGAGUAGCGGAAAAUGACGGUUCAGAG